UUCACACAUAUAUGUGCCAGACGGACGGGGUCAUCUUCCUGAGCUAGUCAAACCCGUCCACCCGCCGCCCGCCGCACGCCGGCGAAAACCAGUCGCGCGCCCGCAUGGGCGGCAGCGCUGCGGCGGCGCCGCCGGCCCCGGCGUGGAUGGCCGCCGGUGCCCGGAGGUGGCUGGAGGAAGCCGGCGUCGCCUUCGACGGCUCCGACCGCCGCGCCUUCAACGCGCUGCCCCUCGCCGGCGCGCGCGUCUCCCUCGCCGAGGCCGGCCGCGCCGUCUGCUCGCUCCGCGUGACCGCCGAGCUCACGGACGCGGAGGGGAACUGGCACCCGGGGGCGAUCGCGGCGGCGGCGGACGACGUGUGCGCAGCGGCGAUCAUGUCGGUGGAGGGCAUCAUCAAGGUCUCCGUCCACUACGACAUCUCCUACUUCUCGCCGGCCAAGCUCCAUGAGGAAGUUGAGCUGGACGGCAGGGUGGUGGAGCAGAAAGGGAAGAUGACGGCGGUGACGGUGGAGAUCCGGAAGAAGGAUUCCGGCGAGCUGGUGGCGAUCGGCCGGCAGUGGAUGUCGACCACCAGGCCAAAGAAGGAUCAAGCUAGCAGCAAGCUGUGACUCUGAACCAGGUAUGCCUACCUAGCUCCCAAUGGAGUUCUUCAGUUCAUCUAUUGCUCACCUUAGCAACCAUCGAGGUGAUUGUAACUUUUGUGUGUUGCAAGAAAAAUCUCUCUCAUUUUUUGUAUCCUGAAACAUACUGAAUUUUAACUUAAUUGAAAGGGUAUAGAGAACUAGAGAGAUCCAUGUUGCCAAUGUGAAUUGUCCAAAAAAAAUAAGAUUCUUUCUGUGAUUGUGAAAGGGGACAGCUGGACAGGUUCUAUGUUCUAAAAGCCUCAACCACUAACUUUAAAAACAUCUAAAUUACUCCUGGACUCCUCGUCGUCGUGAAAGGACGACGGCAACGUGAUCAUAAAUAAAUUUAAAAUUGCAAUCGAUAUUAGCAAAAUCCUAUCCUAUCUGAAAGGGAAGCCAUCGUGCAAAAUACACGAAGCUUCUCAUCAUGGAGGAGAUGAAGAAGAGCUUUGCUCGGAGAGUGAGCCAGUGAGGCAGUCAAGCUAGCAUUAGCAAGGGCGGCGACAUGGACGGCGAGUCGCCGGCGGCGGCGGCGGCGGCGCUGCGGCUGGCCGCCGUGGCGAGGAGGUGGCUGGAGAACCCCCGGGACUCGCUGGCGAGGAGCAGAGAGGAAGGCUGCGGCGACGCGUUCAACACGGUGGUGAUGCCCGGGUUCCGCGUCUCCCUCGCCGAGCCCGGCCGCCUCGUCUGCUCCUUCUGCGUCCCCGCCGCCGUCGCCGACGCGGACGGGAGGUGGCACGCCGGGGCGAUGGCGGCGGCGGUGGACAACCUGUGCGCGGCGGUGGUGUACACGGCGGACGGCGUGCACAGGUUCACCAUCAGCCAGGCCAUGUCCUUCUUCUCCCCGGCCGCGCACGGCGUACGGUUCCUCCAUGGAUCAUCAUCUUCAUCUUGCUCUCUUCUCCUGUGAAUCGGCCAGCCGCCAUUAACCCGCUCUUCUCCGGCGAAUGAUGAUUGCGCGCGCAGGAGGAGGUGGAGAUGGAUGGGAGGGUGGCGCACCGGAAGGGGAAGCUGACGGCCGCCGUGGUGGAGGUGCGGAGGAAGGCGUCCGGCGAGCUGGUGGCGAUAGGGAGGCAGUGGAUGACCUCUACUCGGGCGAGGCCGGAGAAGAAUGGCGAGAGCAGGAGCAAACUCUGAAACGAAAAUUUCCUCUAAAAAUCGCUUUCUCUUCUUUUCUGAUUUCAUCAUCUCAACACCUAAAGAAAACUGUUGUAAAUUCUCAAGAUAGUGAUAAUGGCGUCCAUUCGAAAGUGCCAGUAACAGUAAGUAAACUGUUGUAAAUUCUCAAGAUGGUAUAAAAGCUCUUUUCUUCUAUUAAUAUCAAGUAGGAGUAUAUGAAUACAAA